AUGCUUCCCAGUAGCUAUCUCGUUAUACUCUUCGCCUCAACAGCCCUGGCUCUCCCUCACAACCCAGAGCCUUGCAACACGGAUGCCCCUGCCGUCACAGCUGCUCCCAAAGAGUCGUUCGACUGUGAUUACAGCUACUGUGGCGAGGACGACCAUGUCUUGUGGUGCUUUCGCUUCAUCCCUUUCACUACCAUCAAUCCUACCCUUGGUCCUCUUCCUGGCGAGACAAGAAUCUCUAUCGGCACGUGUGGUCCCAAGUCAGCAGACCCGAACCCAAUGGAUUGA